AUGGCAGGCCAAAACCGCAACUAUGACUUUCUCGUACGACGACCCCACUUCUACCUAUACCUUGAUUUCACACCUCUCUCUAACACAUUGCAACCUACAGNNAUCAAGCUUCUUCUAAUCGGCGACUCGGGUGUUGGCAAGUCAUGCUGUCUGCUGCGAUUCAGCGAAGACAGCUUCACUCCGUCAUUCAUCACCACCAUCGGCAUUGACUUCAAGAUCCGCACAAUCGAACUCGAUGGCAAGCGCGUCAAGCUGCAGAUCUGGGAUACCGCUGGCCAGGAACGUUUCCGCACCAUCACCACCGCCUACUACCGUGGCGCCAUGGGCAUCUUGCUGGUCUACGACGUGACGGACGAGAAGAGCUUCAAUAGUGCGUACCUUUCCAAUCCUUUCCUCUGUCACUUCCUCUACAUCUGUGUGGCCUUACCACUAACCACCCUUCCUUGCAAACAGNACAUCCGCACCUGGUUCUCAAACGUCGAACAACACGCCUCCGAAGGCGUCAACAAAAUCCUCAUCGGCAACAAAUGCGACUGGGAAGAAAAACGCGCCGUCAGCACCGCCCAAGGCCAAGCUCUAGCCGACGAACUCGGCAUCCCUUUCAUCGAAGUAUCCGCAAAGUCAAACAUCAAUGUGGAAAAGGCUUUCUUCUCGCUGGCUUCGGAUAUCAAGAAACGCAUCAUCGAUUCUAGCGGUGGUGCUGGUGCUGGUGGGGCUGGAGCUGCUGGCGGUGCUAGUCAGGUUGAUGUCGGUCAGGGUCAGGGUGUUGCGGGUGGUAUGGGGAAGAAUUGCUGUUAA